AUGUCUCCUUGUCCUCCCGGCUGCUGCUGUCCCCGCGCGGGAUUUCUGGUUUUGUGCGAGUCCCUGGGUCUCCGGUCCCUCCCUCGCUCCGUCCCUCUCAGCACCUCGGCUCUGUCCGUCGCCAGGAACCAGCUCUGCAACGUGGACCACCUGCUGCGGCGCUUCUCCGGCCUGCAGGAGCUCAGCCUCAGUCACAACCUUCUGCCCCGCUUCCCCCGCGGCCUCCCUCCCAGUCUGGAGUCUCUGCUGCUGCAAGAGAACCGCAUCACUUACAUCACCUCGGGGGCCCUGAGACAACUGGGGAACCUGACCCGCCUGGAUCUGGAGGACAACCGCAUCCGCGCCAUCCAGCCCGGAGCGCUGGAAGGUCUGAACAAGCUGCAGGUCCUGACGCUGAAGGGGAACAAACUGACAAGCCUCCCUCUGAAUCUCCCUCCGUCUCUGACCCACUUAGAUCUCUCUGCAAACUGCAUCUCCGUCCUGGAGCUGCCCUCGCUGUCCCCUCUGGUCAACCUGCAGGUCCUCAACAUCAACAGCAACUGCCUGCGCUCAGUCCCGGAGAGCGCCUUCGACCGCCUGCCUCGUCUCAGGUCUGUGGACCUCGCGGACAACCUGUGGGCGUGCGAGUGUGACAUUCUGUAUCUGUACCGCUGGCUGCUGAACGGAAGGACGAAGAUGGCGACGGACCUGGUGUGCAGCGAGCCCGUCCACCUCGCUCACCGUCUGCUGCUGAACCUCUCCGUCGUCGCCAUCUGUCCACGAGUCCUGGCGCCCAAUGAGAGGACGCAGCAGCUGCACACAAACUCCUCUGCUUCAGACGGAGAGCGAGAGACUGCGAAACCAAACUCAUUUGGAAGCAACUUUUCACAGCAAGUAUCGAAAGAAAACACUUCCCUAACGUUUUUAAAAGACGCUCCCCUGACCCGUGUUUUACUCGACCACUUCUCAUUAGAGACCCUCACCUAUGACGAGUGCGUGUCCCUGAAUAAAACACAACCAGUCAGCCCUCCUCUUUUAAAAACCACCUCUUCUCUUCCUGACGAGGAGCAGAAAUACAGAGACGACAUCACAGCUCGGUACCCUCCGAACAACGCGACCUCCGCAGGAGAAACGCCGCCUUUGCUUUCCACAAACAGAGACGCUCUCUGGCCCACUCCCAACACACAGAAAGAAGACGAAGACUCUGCAGUCAUCAUCGCUCUGCUCGCCGUGCUGUGCGCGUUAGUGUCUCUCGUAAUGCUCGCGGUGCUGCUCGUCCUGAAGAAGGUCCUCCUGCAGAGACGGAGGGUGGCGCCGCUGGAUGCAGGGUUGGGUGGAUGA